GAUCAGCUCUGGCUGAACAACUAAUCUUGUGUGUGGAUUCGAUAAGCAGAAGAUUUAAUGUCAUAGUGUUAUACAGUCAUAGAGUGAUACAGCAUGGAAACAGGCCCUUUGGCCCAACUUGCCCACAUUGGACAACAUGUCCCAGCUACACUAGCCCCACCUGUCCACGUUUGGUCCAUAUCCCUCCAAAUCUGACCUAUGCCUGUACCUGUCUAGCUGUUUCUUAAACGUCGGGAUAGUUUCUGCCUCAACUGCGAUGAGUUGACCAGAACGAGACGUGGUGGAGACACAAGCAGGAUGUGUGGGGCGCCUGGUUGGCCGCUGGCAGCUGGGAUGACGUUGUUCUUGUUAAACGUUAACGGCUGAUGCAACGACACGUUUGGCAGAGGGUGGAGAGGUCGCGGCUGACUCCGGCCAAUGCUCCGUGGGAGGCAGUGAUUGGUUGAAUGUACGUGAGGGCAGACAAUGAGGGGCAGGAGAAGCCGGGAGUCGGUAUAAAAGGAGCGAGCGAUGGCAGGAGAUGAGAACAAGACCGACCCCGUCACCCUGUGUGGAGACUCCGGAGCUGGUAACCAACCCUGUGGAUCCUUCAAGUGUCUGAACAUGGGGCUGCAGAGCUGGAUAGGAUUCAUGGUCCUUGUGGAGAUGGUGUGGCAAGUCUCCGCAACUGGAACAGGUCCGAUCUCCAGAGAAUGGGGAGAGGAAGCAAACUUGGCCGGGCGGAACGCACGGGCCCCUCGACAAGUCACCAAUGAACAGCUUCCAAGAUGCACGGACAAGUCAGAUUCUGAUGCCAUCAGUCAUCACCCAUCACCGAUUAACAAGAAGGUGCUCGUUGCAUCUCUGGGCGGUUCUGUUACGUUGCCAUGUAAUAUAUCCAACCUUAAAAAUCAUCACAGGUUUGUUGAAUGGAUAAAAGAUGGUGUUGAAAUUGCCCAUUUCCAUGAGAGAGCGUAUGCACAUUAUACGGGAUCUGAUGUUCACUGGAAGUUCGUGCAUCACGACGUCUAUAUGACUCAGGACGCCACGUUGCUCCUGACAGGUGUAAAAGAGGAAGAUAAAGGGUCGUAUUCCUGUGUUUGGUCCGUGUAUAGAGAUAGACCGUUUUGUGAAUUAUUGAUGCAGCUGGUGAUCUCUCACUGAUUCAGCAGGGCCAGUCCCAGGGUCAGUAGCAAAGUCUAGUUUAGUUUAGUUUCGUUCAGAGGUACAACAGGGAAACAAGCCCUUCGGCCACAGAGUCAAUGGGGACCAGUGAUCACCCCAUAUACUAGUUCUAUCCCACACACUAGAUACAAUUUACACUGACCAAUUAACCUACAAACCUGCACGUCUCUGGGGUGUGGGAUGAAACCGGAGCACCCGGAUUCCAAAGAGGAAGGAAGAUUCCAAGGGGAGUUAGGGGCGACCGUGGCUGACAAGGGAAGUCAGGGACACUAUCAAAAUAAAAGAGACCAGGUAUAACGUUGCAAAGAUGAGCGGAAAGCCAGGGGAUUGGGUAACUCUUUUAAAGAGCAACAGAAGAUAACUAAAAAAGCAAUACGGGGAGAAAAGAUGAGGUAUGAAGGUAAGAUAGCCAAGAAUAGAAAGGAGGAUCGUAAAAGCUUCUUUAGAUAUGUGAAAAAAAUUAGUUCAGACUAAAAUUGGACCUUUAUAGACUAAAAACUUUGGAUCCGUCUUCACUAAGGAGAACACAAACAAUCUCCCUGAUGUAUUAGUGGUCAGAGGAUCUGGGGACAAUGGAGAACCAGUGGAUGUAGUGUACCUGGACUUGCAGGAAGUAUUUGAUAUGGUCCUACAUAGGAGAUUAGUGGGCAAAAUUAGAGCACAUGGUAUUGGGGGAAGGGCCUGUUUCCAUAUUGUUUGACUCUGACACUAAGUAGGGAAUAGUAAAGGUAUAAAGAUGAGCAGCGUGGAAGGUGUGAGCGUGGAUCGCAUGCAGUGAGGAGAACUGACCUUGCUUGCACCGGUAAAUGUACGUUUAAUGUAAAUAAACUUUCUUCUGCCUGCCCUGAA